GCGCGCAGGACGACUAAAGGGGUCCUGACGCGCUCAUUGAGGCCUCGCGCUGGAAGGAGAGGAAGGUCAUAACUCACAAUGAUAACCAAGACAGUUGGACCAAAAUAUGUUUCCAUUUUUAAGUCGUGGGUUCCCACGAUGGUCGCUUGGGGCUCUACUGGGACAGUAGCACUGAUCCACUUCACAGACUGGAGGGUGAUUCUGGAUUAUGUGCCCUACAUCAAUGGCAAAUUCAAGAAGGAUGACUAGAUCAUCAUGCGGCAAGCUGUGUGAAAUAUUCGGGCCGGCGAUGGAGAACUGCAUCGUUAUGGACAAGCCUGGAGUGUCCAUGGCACACCUGUGGCCGCUGGGUGCUGAGGGCUGUUGUACUUUACUGCUGUCCUGUUCUUGUUUUUGUAAUUUAUGUGAAUAAACUUUUCAUCAUAUGUCUGAAA